CGAGGCCGAACACGAGACGAUCCGCUCCAUUAUCCGUCAAUCCCUAAACAGCCCAAGGAACUAGGAAGAGAAACCAGUGAGCGAAGAGAAGUUUGGGAGCUUCUAAUCGCUGCGUGCGUAGAGAAUCUAACUAAUCAAAGGUGCUGAUUUUACAGGCAACCAUAGUAAUCAUGGAGGUAGAAGGAUCAUCGAAGAAGAUGAUAGCAACGCAGGCAGAAAUGGUGGAGGCGAAGGUUCCGCUCGGAUACAGGGACCAAUGCGCGCACCUGCUGAUCCCACUCAACAAGUGCCGGCAAGCAACUUUUUACCUGCCAUGGAAGUGCGAGGAUGAGCGCCACGUCUACGAGAAGUGCGAGUACGAGCUGGUCAUGGAGAGGAUGCUCAAGAUGCAGAAGAUCCGCGAGGAAGAAGCCAAGUUAAAACAGCAGCAGAAGGGUGCCGCCAUUCCUCUCAUACCCAAAACUGCCAAUGCAUAGUCUGUUUUCAACUCGGUCUGAGCUGCGUCAUCUCCUUCUUGUUUUGUGGAGCCUCGAACUGCUGAGAAGUGGGUGAUUUGGUGUUUCUUGCUUCUACUGAUGGAAUGCCAUUUGAAACUGUUUAUCUGGAGAUGAAUAUAAUAGACUCAUAUACUUUCUUUAUCAUAUCUUUUCAGUUUUUCAAUCUUUUUUCGGGAAUAAAAUUACUUCCUGACGAUUUAAUUAUUGCUUACUUUUAAUUGGUUUCUUCUGAAAAACAAAUCCCUAAUUAUCUUCAAGUUGUGAAGGUGAACUGUGGGAAGUUCAUAUACUUCACGUUAGAACAAUGUUUGGAAAA